AUGUAUUAUGUAGACGAACAUAUACGGUCAGAAAAGGUGUUAUGCAAGACACGGAUUGUACAGGUGUCCAGUAUUCGGUCUGGUCGUCAAAAACAGUCAGUCAUCAAACUUGACAACUUCAAGCAAGUGUACGCUAAUGGUGGGCAGGUGCCAUGCAAUACGCGGGUGUUGAUGCCUCCUGGUUCUGCCGCGACGUUCACCUCGCCUGAUUUCCCUCGAGUGUGUGGCUGGGUCUUUUCCGCUCUUGACGCCAGCACGCAAGUCGCCCUUUCUUGCACGGAGUUCCGCUUGGGAGAAGAAACCGGCGGUGCUUGUGUCUCCGGCGCCCUGAUCGUCUUCGUUGGCGCCGGUCAUCACUUUCCAGAUUUCUCCAACACUUCGGGGAAAUUCAACUGUACUGUCACUACUGGAUCGCCAACGUCCGUAUCUACACCAGUUACUAGCACACUCAGCGAUACGUCUACUCGUUCUACAGAUACUCCACCUAUUUCUACUGCUGUGGAUACUCCAUCUACUUCUACUGCUACGGAUACUCCACCUACUUCCACUGCUGCAGAUACUCCACCUACUUCCACUGCUGCGGAUACUCCACCUACUUCCACUGCUGUAGAUACUCCACCCACUUCUACUGCUGCGGAUACUCCACCUACUUCUACUGCUACGGAUACUCCACCUACUUCCACUGCUGCAGAUACUCCACCUACUUCCACUGCUGCGGAUACUCCACCUACUUCCACUGCUGCAGAUACUCCACCCACUUCUACUGCUGCGGAUACUCCACCUACUUCUACUGCUACGGAUACUCCACCUACUUCCACUGCUGCAGAUACUCCACCUACUUCCACUGCUGCGGAUACUCCACCUACUUCCACUGCUGCGGGUACUCCCCCUACUUCUACUGCUGCGGGUACUCCCCCUACUUCUACUGCUGCAGAUACUCCACCUACUUCCACUGCUGCGGAUACUCCCCCUACUUCUACUGCUGCGGGUACUCCCCCUACUUCUACUGCAGCGGAUACUCCAUCUACUUCUACUGCUGCAGAUACUCCACCUACUUCCACUGCUGCGGAUACUCCCCCUACUUCUACUGCAGCGGAUACUCCAUCUACUUCUACUGCUGCGGAUACUCCACCUACUUCUACUGCUGCGGAUACUCCAUCUACUUCUACUGCUGCGGAUACUCCACCUACUUCUACUGCUGCGGAUACUCCACCUACUUCUACUGCUGCGGAUACUCCACCUACUUCUACUGCUGCGGAUACUCCAUCUACUUCCACUGCUGCGGAUACUCCACCUACUUCCACUGCUGCGGAUACUCCACCUACUUCUACUGCUGCGGAUACUCCACCUACUUCUACUGCUGCGGAUACUCCACCUACUUCCACUACUGCGGAUACUCCCCCUACUUCUACUGCAGCGGAUACUCCACCCACUUCUACUGCUGCGGAUACUCCACCCACUUCUACUGCUGCGGAUACUCCGUCUACUUCCACUGCUGCGGAUACUCCACCUACUUCCACUGCUGCAGAUACUCCACCCACUUCUACUGCUGCGGAUACUCCACCUACUUCCACUGCUGCAGAUACUCCACCCACUUCUACUGCUGCGGAUACUCCACCUACUUCUACUGCUGCGGAUACUCCGUCUACUUCCACUGCUGCGGAUACUCCACCUACUUCCACUGCUGCAGAUACUCCACCCACUUCUACUGCUGCGGAUACUCCACCUACUUCUACUGCUGCGGAUACUCCGUCUACUUCCACUGCUGCGGAUACUCCACCUACUUCCACUGCUGCAGAUACUCCACCCACUUCUACUGCUGCGGAUACUCCACCUACUUCUACUGCUGCGGAUACUCCGUCUACUUCCACUGCUGCGGAUACUCCACCUACUUCCACUGCUGCGGACACUCCACCUACUUCUACUGCUGCGGAUACUCCACCUACUUCUACUGCUGCGGAUACUCCACCUACUUCCACUGCUGCGGAUACUCCACGUACUUCUUCUACAACUACUACAUCUACCUCUACUGUUACUGACACUUCAUCUAAUGUUUACGUCACUGGCACUUUCUCUACAUCAACUUUUACCGGGGCGAACACCUCCAUUAGUGAUGCAGAUAUUUCAUCUUCCUUUGCAAGUGCUGAUACUCCGUCUACUUUUGCUCUUGUUACUGAUAUUUUACCUAAUUCUACCAUUGCAUAUACCUCAUCCUCUUCAGUUGUUCCUGACACUCCAACUACAUCUACUGUUACUAACGCUUCAUCUACUAACGUUACUUACACAUCUACUACUGUUACUGACACUCCAUCUACUUCUACUGUUACUGACACCUCAUCUACUGUUCCUGACACUCCAACUACAUCUACUGUUACUAACGCUUCAUCUACUAACGUUACUUACACAUCUACUACUGUUACUGACACUCCGUCUACUUCUACUGUUACUAACACUCCUACCUCCACUCUUGCUGGUGAUACAUCUUCUGUUGCUGACAUUUCAUCUACUCCCAACGUUACAUCUACUCCUACUGUUACUGACACUUCAUCUACAAAUGUUACUGACACAUCUACUUCUACUGUUACUGACACUACAUCUACUAACGUUACUGACAUAUCUACUACCGUUACUGACACAUCUACUUCUACUGUUACUGACACUUCAUCUACUAACGUUAUUGACACAUCUACAACUGUUAAUGACACUUCAUCUACUAACGUUACUUACACAUCUACUUCUGUUUCUUUCAAUUCAUCAACUAACGUUACUUACACAUCUACUCCUACUGUUACUGACACAUCUAUUUCUACUGUUACUAACAUUUCAUCUACUUCCACUGAUACUGACACGUCAUCUUUUACUACUACUUCAUCUACUAUUCGUGUUACUGACACAUCUACUGUUACUGACACUCCUACUUCCACUCUUACUGAUACUCCAUCUACUAACAUUACUUACAACAUUACUUACACAUCUACUGUUACGGAGACUUCAUCUCCUCUGACUGCUACUAACACUCCACCUUCCACUGUUACUGACACUCCAUCUACUACUGUUACUGACAUUUCAACUACAACUGUUACUAACACUACACUCCUACCUUCCACUGUUACUAACACUUCAUCUACCACUGUUACUGACAAGUCAUCUACUCCCAUUGUUACUACUGUAAUUGACAUUCCAAUUACUACUGUUACUAACAUUUCACUCCUACCUUCCACUGUUACUAACAACUCAUCAUCUACCACUGUUACUGACAAAGCAUCUACUGUUACUGACACUGCAUCUACUACUGUUACUGACAUUUCAACUACUAACACUCCACAUUCCACUGUUACUGAUAUUCCAUCUACUACUAUUGUUACUGAGACUUUAUCUAUUUCUACUGUUACUGACACUCCAUCUACUUUUACUGAAACUUUAUCUACUGCUGUUACUGACAUUCCAUCUACUAGUGUUACUAACACUCAAUCUACUACUGUUACUAACACUUCACCUACUACCAUUAACAAUACCACUUAUGCUCUCACUACUGCUAACAUCACAUUCAGCAAAUCUACUUUUAAUGUGACUUACACCUCACUUACUUCUGAUAUUUAUACUUCAUCGACUGCUGACACCACCCUCGGCCAAAGAGCAUGCAGAUUACUGGAAAUCCUACUCGGCGAACACAACAUCAAUACAAACCUAGACACCACAGCGACAGUGAGACGCCGCGUCAGCGCCUUCGUCAGCCACCCAGACUUUAACCCUACGACGCGAGAGAACAACUUGGCCUUGUUACACUUAGAUGUUCCUUUAGAUCUCUCUGUCAGCACUGCUAUUCAGCCCAUCUGUCUCCCUGAGCCGUCCCACCUGUUCGAGGAAGUUCGAGCCACCGUCACUGGAUGGGGAAGCCUCUUCACUCAACAAGCACAGCCUUUCAUUCUGCAAAAACUGGAGAUGACAACCUUAAAAAGCUCAGACUGUUCCGCAGCAUUUCCAAACAUCGUGACUGACAGAAUAAUAUGUGCCACCGCCGAGGAGAAGGGCCUGUGUCUGGGUGAUAACGGAGGCCCGUUGGUGGCUCAAGCGGGUGACCAGUGGGUCCUUGUAGGGACUGCAUCCAUCAGCGGAAUGUCAUGUCAUACCGGGCCCAUUCCCUUCACCAGGAUAACCAUCGUUGUUGGCUUGCCUGUGGGCGUACCAGCCUCCAAAGUCUUCGAUAUAUCCAUAAUGUUAUCGUCAUUAUCACCACGCUUUAUGUAUGACACACAUAGUAUUCGCAGAUUUUCCUCUCACAACACCAAGGUAUACGACUUCCAACAAAAAAAGGAUUUGAUAGCCUAUAACCUAUGCAAUCUUGUGUUUAAAUCACACCCUGCUAUAUUCGAUAUUAAUCCUUCCUCCAAGUGCCGUGACUGGGCGUGCCCUUCGGGCACUGUCCGAGGGGAGGGUCGAUGGGGGGCUCAGCCCCCCAACACCCCCUGGCAAACAUUCUCUUCACCUCGAUAUGCACAGCAAGACAGAGCUUGA